ACUAGACUGGCCAAGGCAGACCUGUUACACUUGCCUGAGUUAGGCAUUGUUUGCCAUGCCACUAAACCUGCCGCCAAGUGAAAUCUUCAUGGGGGAAAUGAGAUUGAAGUCUGGCCUGCUGAAGAUGGACGCCCUGUCUCUGUUUUCAUUUUAUUUUGCUAUCCUUCUUUUGUUUAUUUUAUUUUCACUUUUUAAUUUUUUUUUCCGUUUUGUUCUGUUAAAUCCCUUACCCUUGUACUUGUGAACUGGUAAUUCAGCUGUGAAAAAAAUUAUGCUUUGUAAAGGAUUCAUAGUGUUUCAUUUUGAAGUCGACCUGAAGCUACUUGUGGAUGGUAUACAGAGAAUUUAGGAUAUGUUUAAGUUUUAUGCUGUGAGUUAUGGAUAAGUUUUGUUUGGAAUACAUUUAAGCAUCUAAAUUCAAAAGAUGAACACAUUGUGUCAGACUGGAAUAGUGAAAACUAUAUCAGUUUUAAGAUGCAUUCUUUCAUAUGUUAUGCUUUGUGAGCUUAUCUUGAAAGAAAAGUUAAAACUUUCUGGAGAAAUUCACUUUACAAAGUAAAAUCAUUAUUUUUCUCUGCUAUUUUUCCUUUUCUCAGCAGAGUACUUUUAGGCUGCAUGAUCUGUUUAAAAGAAGGCUUUCUAUUUAUAUCUAAUAAGAAGAGUUUAAAAUAAUUAUUUCUGAUAUUGAGAUUUCAUGAGUAUUGAAUGUCAUGAAAUAUUUGUUUGCUUCUGAUGAAACCUUGCUCCAGUGAGGUCAGUGGCAGUAAGAUUUCAUCCUUUUUUUUUGUAAUUUUGAGAAAAAAACUGUUUACCACUCAUAAGUACAAAUGCAGCCUGAUAUUUUUGUUGGAAUGUGUUGUAAGGCACAUUGUCUUUCAACACUGUUAUUCAUGGGAAGAUUGAAAAGUUUUGUGUGCGUGUAUGUGUGUAUUGCGCUUUUACUUGCUCUGGUGGUCAUUAUUUCAAUAAGAGGUUAAAAACAAAUUAUCAUCUCACAAUCUCAGAAACCCUGGCAGUUCAUGCUAGAGUGAUUGAGAAAGUUCUUAUUCCUAAAUGAUGUUUGUUCUUGUGAAACAGAAGCCCUAAAACAGAAGUGCUGGACCAGGUAAUGUGUCUAGUCCUCAAGCAUUACUCUUCCCAGCCAGCUGCAUUGGGACCAAUUGGCUUGAUUCUCAUAAUGCACCAAGCUGAGAACUGUAGCUGGGAAGAGCUUCCUGAUCUCUGUUGGAUUUAGCUGUGCCAGUUGAGGUAAUUACAAGUAGUUGUAAUCUUUUAAAUCUCUGCUGCUAAAUCCAAUAAGAAUCAUGAACUGAAUCACACAGAAAUUAUUUUAUUUGUAAGUGUGCAUUUUCCAUUGAUUUAAAAUAGUAGAAAAAUAACAAUUCCUUUAAAAUUUUCAAGUAAAUGUAAAAAGAAAGUAUUUAAAAAAGAAAUGUACUUAGUUAUUUUUGAAGCUGUUUUGGGGUGAUGGGAGGAUUAACCAUGUAGUUUCAGUAUAAAGAGUAAGAAAUUAAUUUCUGAGCACAUGGACAGUGAUAAAAAUACUGUGAUUAGUACCUGCUUAACACAGAUAUUUCUGUUUAUCAUUUAACAAAAUGGAUUCUGGUACAGACUAUGUUGACUAGGGCUCUUAAGCACUUAGGAAAACUACAUUUCUGAAGAAGCAUAAGUUAUCUCUAGGUAAUACAGAGCUAAUCUACAUUUGCUUUCAGAUUCAUUUGCAAAGUGAAGAAUAAAUAAAUAAAUAAAUUAUCAUAGAAUCUAAUUUACUAAACACUCAUGCAUUCAAAUAAAUAUUUCUAAGGAUGCAGUAUAGAUGUGGCAAAUUUAUUUUGCUUGUUUCCCUUAUUAGAAAAUAAAUAUAUUUGCCUCAUUUCCAUUCGGCUUUUAAAUACCAUGAGUUUAAAAACCAAAACAGUUAUUAUUAAAGUGUCCUAAUUUAUGUCAUUACUGACAUAUUUUGUUGUAUUUUUGUGGGCUUGUAUCCCUUUUUAAAAUAAAUUAAUGGAGGCUGUAACUUCUGAGGUUAUUUGGCCUUACAUAUUAAUUUGUUUUUCAAAACUGUCUAAAAACCAAGGAAAUAAAUUUGCAAGAUAUUUCAGGCUUUUGGUUUUGGGGUUUUUUUCCCUCAACAGUUUAUUUUCUAUAGAAUUGUUUAAAAGUUUAACCUGAUCUUAAAAACUUAAAACCUAGAAAGGGGUAUCUUUUCGAAAGACAGUAUCUGAAAAUACAAACAAAUUUUCAGGGUUCUGUCUGUAGAGGUAGGCCUUUCUUCAUUUUUGAAUAAAAUAAAUGAACAGAUCUUUGUGGCAUGGACCUGAUCAACUAAAUUUUGUAUUUAAUGUUAAACAUUAUGUUGUUUAAGGACCAAAGUAUUCUGGAAAUAAUGCUGCUAGCUUUAUAGUUUAUAUAUGUAUGUAAUUCAUUUUUUAAAACUAUAAUAGUUUAUUUAACUGAAAUUGUUCAAUUUAUUCCUUAAGCAAUGUUUGAGGAAAUGAAUAAUGAAUAACUGCAAUUAUUUCAGUAAGGUGAACCAUAUGCUUAAAGUUUAGAAUUGUAUUUAAGUACAUUUCUGAACUUGACUCCCUGUCAGUUUAGUUAUAUGCAUAUGCAUAACUCAUUUCCUAUCUAAAAGGGCUAAAUGUCUUAAGCAUCUCUUAAGUUUAUCUGGUUAAGUGUGUAUUGAAUUGGCUGUAUGUAAGUGCAUACUUAAAUUAGGCAUAUGCUUAUGUAUAUUAUUGACCGAGGAUCUAAAUUACAAUACAGAUGUACCACUUUAGAAGCCAUUAAAUUGAGCCAUGUCUGUUGAUCCUGUAGAAACCUCUAUGACUAUCCAGUUAAUUGCAAGAUGCUGGCUCAGCAAUUAUUUGAAAACGCUUAAGUAUUUUGUUUUUCAGAAGAACUGGUAUAUAAUUGUAUGCCUAAUUUGCACACACAGUUGUUGGAACUGUAUAUUUGGAAACCUGUUAGUUAGCUACAUAGUAGGCAGGAUGUGAGGCAAAGUACCUGAUUCUCAUGGGCAGUCUGGCAAAUCAAGUACGCCUCUCAUUGCAUGCCUGACUUCAAAAUGAGACCUGUUAAGAGUGCUCAGCAUUGUGAUGAUGACUCGGAUUUAUGCAUGUUUUUAUAAAAGCCCUGGAAAAUAUAAUAGCACAGUUUAUUCUUAAUUGUUAAUAAUUUUCCUAUUUUUCUCCUUUGGAUAGCAAAAUAAAGUGGUUUGUUACAUGUUAAGGAGCAAGGUGCCUCAAAACUUAAAUAAAAUAAGUCUAAAUAGAAGGUGUGAGAAAAAAGAAGAGUACUGUUUUUUCUAAUCCACUCAUGCUAUAUAUAAAUUAAUUUUCAUUUAUAUUUGUUUUGUCCUUUGUAUCUCCAACUCUAACCGAGUCCUUGCUGCAGAUCUGUAGAACAGUGAUGCAGCCAACACGAACGGUUGUCAUGUGUAAAACAGCUUUCGAUCACCGUGAAAACACCGCCCCGGAAAAGCAUCCAUGCUUGAUACCGUUUGGUUCAUGAACAUUAAGUUUCCAGUACAGGUAAAAUCCCAGAUGAAGCCAAAGCCCUUUCUCUAUUGGCACCUGCUCCUACUAUGACAAGUCUGAUGCCCGGUGCAGGGUUGCUUCCUAUACCUACACCAACCCCUUUAAGUACACUUGGUGUUUCACUUGGCACUUUGGGGGCUAUACCAGCAGCAGCAUUGGACCCUAACAUUACAACACUGGGAGAAAUACCACAGCCACCAAUUAUGGGGAAUGUGGAUCCAUCCAAGAUUGAUGAAAUUAGAAGAACAGUCUACAUUGGAAACUUGAAUUCACAGACUACAACAGCAGAUCAGCUGCUUGAAUUUUUUAAGCAAGUUGGAGAAGUCAAAUUUGUGCGAAUGGCAGGUGAUGAGACACAACCAACACGAUUUGCUUUUGUGGAAUUUGCAGACCAAAAUUCUGUACCUCGAGCUCUUGCCUUUAAUGGAGUUAUGUUUGGAGACAGGCCACUGAAAAUAAAUCACUCCAAUAAUGCAAUAGUGAAGCCUCCUGAAAUGACACCACAAGCUGCUGCCAAGGAACUGGAAGAAGUGAUGAAGAGAGUAAGGGAAGCCCAAUCUUUCAUAUCUGCUGCUAUUGAGCCAGAGUCUGGAAAGAGCAGCGAAAGAAAAUGUGGUCGAUCUCGUUCCCAUUCUCGUUCAGAAUCCAGGUCUAGCUCAAAAUCCCAAUCUAGAAGGAAAAGAUCUCACUCAAAACACAGAAGUAGAUCUGGCAACAGAUCACUGUCAAGACAAAAGGACAGACGAAGAUCCAGAAGUCCCCUGAAAAAACGGUCUAGAUCUAGGGAAAGGUGGAGAUCAAGAAGUCGCUCUCAUUCUUGGGACAAAAAAAGAGACAAAGAAAAAGUCAAGGAAAAAGAAAAGGCCAAAGAAAAGGAGAGAGACCAAGACAAAGAGAAGGAGAGAAACUGGGACAAAGAAAAGGAAAGAGAGCGAGAUAAAGAGAGACACAGGGAUAAGGACAAGGAAAAGGACCAGGAGAAAGAACGGCAUAAAGAUCGAGAGAGAGUUAGAGGCAAGGAUAGGGAUAGAGACAGGGACAAGGACAGGGAAAAGAACAAGGAGGAGAAGGAAAAAGACAGAGAACAGGUAGACCAGAACAAGGAAAAAUAUGUUAUGAAAGAGGGGGAAAAGGAUAGAGAGAUUAAGGACAAGGAGGGCGAUAAGGACAGAAGGGAAAAAGGGGACAAAGAAAAGGAGAAAGAUGAGAAGAAAGAGAAGAAGGCACAAGAAAGAGAAAAAGAGAGAGAUGAUAAAAAAAAGAAAGAGAAGAGAUCCAGAACACCCCCAAGAAGCUAUAGCUCUUCAAGAAGAUCUUGUAGCUCCAGCAGAGGUGAUAGGAAAGAGUCAUCUUUGACAGAUAGAGAAAGACGUAAAAGAAAGAGUAGAAGUCUCUCCAAGUCUCCUAAAACGACCAAAAAAAAGUCUUCACAAACUCCUUCUCCGAUAAGAAACAAGAAAGAGAAAAAAAGAGAAAGAGAUACAAAUAAUGAAAGAAAAGAAAGGGAAUACUUCAAGAAAAAAAUUAGUAAAGUAAAAGAGGGAAAGGAGAAAUCUGACAAAAGCACCACUACUUUGAAGGACAAAGAUCACACUGAAGAGGAUCAGAAUUCAGAAACUGACAAGGAAGUAGGCAAUAGAGAUACAGAAAGGAUUGGUGAAGUCCAACUACAACAGAAUGGGAACUGUCGACCAAAUAACGAAAACCAUUCAAUUAAAAUGGAAGAGGUUUAAAGCAAAAAAAUGGACCACUAACUCAACUAAGGGAUGAAAUAUGAAACUUUUUAUUUCCCAGAACAAGGAAGAAAAUAUCAAUGUAAUCAACCUGAACAUGGUGAUAGUACUAGUAGCUCUCCCAAUUCUAGUAACAGUUUUGUCAAUUUCUUGCUGUAAAGCAAGAGAGCACAGACCAGUAGUUAUACCCUGAAAAGGCAGAUGACAUAAGAACUAUUCACGUCUGAAAAUCCAUGGAUCUCCAUGAUAGCUGUACUUGUAAAAUGAUUUAAGUUUUGCCAUUUUCUGUUACGAAUAAGUAGAAACUGAAAGAUAUAAACCUGUACUAUCAAAAAAAAGCUGAAUAUAUGUAUUGAAGAUUGUUUAAAGUUCUGCUUGUUCAUGAAUUUUGUAUUGACUUAUUUUUAAGGUUAAAAAUCUACCAAACCUUCAAUGUGUACUGUUUGAUGUGCUUCAAAAUGGUGCAUAAAUGUACACAUUUUCUUCUGUUAUAAAUUAAAAUUAUUUUUAAACAUAAACAGAGUUUUAUGGCUCUUAUGUUAAAUGCCCACUGACUAGAUUGUUUUUCAUUUGCUUCUUGAGAUUGUUGGAUUUUAUUUAAAACAAUUUCUUACUGUUAUGCUUAAAAUAAUUAUUUCUUUUAAAGUACUUGGACAAUGCAUGAUACUUUUCUGUUCCAAAAAAGAACGUGGCUAUGUUAUAGAUAACAGGUUAGCUUACUGGGUUAUUUCAGGGUUGUUUUGGAUUUUUGUUUAUUUUUGUCCUCCCAAAAGUAAGCACAUUUAUAUGAUAUUAUGGUAACUUACAGCUUUGUUUUGAAUAGUACGGCAGUGUGUCUGUUCAGCUGCAAAUAGUACAGGUGCCAUUAUGAAUUUUUUUUUUUCUUACUUGUUUAAAAAACUAUGGGAACACAAGCAGAAGCUUUAGUGCCUUCUUAAAAUAAUGUGGUAUUUUCCAGAAAUGUUUGUGCUAUUACUUAUUUUCAGCUAAAUCUUACAUUAUUUCUAUUGCUAUUUGCCACCACAAUACUGUAGACAAGAAAGCAAGUUAUUUCUCAAAAGGAUUUUUGAUUCCCUUGUUAAAAUACUAAAACUCCAUUUUUGCUUUUUUUUUUUUUUUUUAUUACUAGAAGAGAUUUAUAGGUGAAAGCAUUUCGGGUACCACCACCGUACAAAAGCAGUAGCUGAAUACAAAGCAUUUUCUGAUCACCUGCAUCAAAGACAGUCCUUUAGACAUUUAAUCUACAUUUGGAUGGCCUUAAUAGUUACCUCUCCAUCGUCAUCUCUGACACCUGUUGGGUGAUAAACAAGGAAUCAUAUGCAAAGCUGAGAGGAUAAAUAAUUUUGGAAAAUGUUCUAAUUUACACAGGAGUUAUACAGUAGAGAUUCUUUUUUCCAUUCUUUAAAGAAAAAACAUGUAAGAAGAGAAUGACAACCCAAAUAUUUUUGUCAAGCUAAACCACUGAGUACUUGAGUACCUUGAGUACUGUGUCCGGUUCUAGGCCCCUAAGUUUAGGAAGGAUGCUGAGAUGCUUGAGCACAUCCAGAGGAGGGUAACGAGGCUGGUGAAGGGCUUGGAACACAAGCCCUAUGAAGAAUGGCUAAGGGAGCUGGGGUUGUUUAGCCUGUCAAAAAAGGAGGCUCAGGGGAAACCUUAUCUCUCUACAAUUACCUGAAAGGUGGCUGUAGUCAAGUGGGGGUCAGUCUCUUCUCCCAGGCAACCACUGACAGAACAAGAGGACACAGUCUUAAGCUGUGCCAAGGGAAGUUUAAGUUAGACGUUAGAAAAAAAAUUCUUUACUGAAGGAGUGAUUGCACACUGGAGUCAUCUGCCUGGGGAGGUGGUGGAGUCACUGUCCCUGUACAUGUUUAAAAAAAGACAGGACAUGGCAAUCAGUGCCAUGGUUUUGUUGAUGAGGAGCUGUUGGGUUAGGUCAUAGGUUAGACUUGAUGAUCUCAAAGGUAUUUUCCAACCUAGUGCAUUCUGUGAUUCUGUAACAUGGCUUGUACCCUCUGAAUUAAUUUAAUCAGUUUCAUCAUUGUGAGAUUUCUUAAGAGUCAUACUUUUAAAAUUUAUACCUAAAAUCAAGUAGAUUAUUUUUAAAACAAUACAAUCAAAUUACUUGCCUUACUUCAUGGGAAGUUAUUUCCUUCAAUUAAAACAAAAUAAUACCAUAUUGACUAUUUGCUUUCAAUUUGUUUUCAUUUUCCUUUGCAUAAGUGAUUCUUACCACAAAAAUGAAAAAGAAAAGCAUAUUACAGGGAAUGUAAAAUAACCCAGUUUGAUUAUAAGAUGCUUAACCACUUUUUUAAUAGGAUUUUAUGUUCUUGAGACUGUGUACAUUUAAGACUAUAGAAAAUGCUUUACCAUGUAAAGUAUAGACACUCAUUUUUGUGAUGUUUAAGCCACAUGCUGUUGAUUGGUAAACAGCUUAUUUUGAUCAAAUAACGACAAAUCUGUAUGCUUAUAGAAAGACUGUGAAGGACUGUGUCUUAAAACUGUCUUAUUUAUGAUGUAUAAGUAGCAUAGAGCAAAUAAAUUCUUUGCAUACUU